GCCGUCAGUCUCCAGUCGUCCUCACACAGGGAGAAAGAAGCAUGGCUGCUCUGCUGCUGCUGCUCCUUACUGUUGGAGCUUUGUUCUCCUCCUCUGAUGCACAGGACGCAUACAGUAAUCUUCCUGAUGACUAUAAAAAAGGAGUGGAUCUGGCCCUGGAGAAGCUGAACGCUCAUGCUGGAAUUCAGCACCAUUUUCUUUUCUUCAGAAGUCUGCUGAAGUCAGACACUGAGCCUGGUUUUGAUGUGAAAUACAUCUACCACCAUUUCUACCUUAAAGCCACCAAGUGUCCAAAAGGAACCACUGACUCCUCCGGGUGUCAGUUCAGAAAUGACAGACCGCUGAUAGACUGUGGAGUCUGUUACAAAACAUUUGCAGGAGAAAUCGAACAGGAGCCCAAACCGUACAUCCACUGUGUCCACAGGACGGCUCUCACAGAGGAGAUGAGGCAGGUUCGAGUCCAGCACUGUAACAGACUGGGAUACAGCAGCGGAGCCCCGACUCUGCUGGCAUCACAAGGAGAAAACUAAACUCUUGCAUGACUCAUUCAGAAAUCAUUGGGUGUUUCUUUGUCAUACUAGGAUUUUUAAAAACAAAUCACUUAACUAGGGUGUCAUAGACUCAUUUUCCUGGACUGAAUUCUUCAUUACAUUUAGGUAUUUUUUGUUACAUAUUCAGAAAUAUGAAUGUGACUGGCAAAUCCCUAAAUAAAGUGAGUUAUAAACUGUGA